AAGGGAGUAUGAAGUUUCUCACAAGUGUGCUUUCCACCUUUCUUUUGGCAGCAUCAUGUGUGUGUGCAAAAGAGGUUGAUGGUGUUUUCACCUCAGUGAACCGGAUCGCCAAGUCCAGGCAAUACCAAUCAUCGACACAGAUUCCUUUUGACUGGUAUGACGUCGAAGUGGGAUGGACCAUCGACACAAGCAAAAUCGACACUGGUGAUACCUUCAGUUUGACCAUGCCAUAUGUCUAUCAAGUGAGAAUUCUGAACAACGGUGUUUUGCGUACUUACUUUGAUAUCACCAGUGAUGAUAAAGUCAUUGCCUCUUGUGAAGUUGACAAUGCGGGUGGAAGAUCCCUUGAGACUACCGUCACCUGUACUUUGACUGCUGAUCUCUCCUCAUACACAACCUUUUCCGGUACUGCUGAUUUCCUCAUUGUCUUCGACGCUGGUGGAAGAACAGAGACCAUCGACUGUGCUAAAAAAUGGACUGCUGGCUCGAACGGCGUCACUCUCAACGGUGAUCUAACCUCCCAUGUCUCGUUUUCAGGUAUCAACACCAGUGGACGUCAAUUCAUUUCCAGAAUUACCAUGAGAGGUGACACCUUCUAUUACUACGCUGCUCCAGCACAGUUGUGUAGAGGUGGUGCCAUCUCCAGUGGUACUUUCACCUUUGAGAUUGAAGACUUCGGUUAUGAACUCAAGCUUGAAGAUGUUGAGGCUCACUACACUAACCAAUUCAACUCUUUUGGUUUCCCAACUUCAUACAACAACUUGGCCAUUACUUCGAAAACAUUGAGCGGAAACAAGAGAAGAGUCACUGUCCAAUUCGGCGCUAUUCCAGCAGGCUCGCGUUUUUGGUUCUCGGAUUACAGCAAUAAGCUUGAUCAAAGCUACAAAUUUUACACUGUUGUUGACGACAUAAAAGUUGUCUGUCAAGGUAGAGGCAUAGAUGGUGCACGUGAAAUUACAAGGUUGACUCCAGUGAGGGGUUGUGCUGGAGGUGAUGGUGAUGGUGUUCAAAAGCCUGUUACAAUCACCACAACUAGCACAUGGACUGAAUGUAGUACAGCAACAAGAUUUGUUACAGGUACUAGUUCCACGGUUACCCAAAUCGUUGUCCUACCAACGACUGUUUGUCCAUCAACUAGUGCCACUCCAUCGACCACUGCUAUUCCAUCUUCCAGCGCUGUUCCUUCUACCAGUGUCAUUCCAUCAACUAGUACUGUCCCAAGUUCCUCUGAUGUUUCAUCCUCUUCAGUAUUUGAAUCAACAACUGCUUUAGCGCCGGACUCUACUGUUUCAUCCGUUUCAUCUUCUUCUGAGGCUUCAUCUUCUUCUGAAGGUUCAUUCUCUGAGAUUCCAGCCUCCUCUGAGAUUCCAGCCUCCUCUGAGAUUCCAUCCUCCUCUGAGAUUCCAUCUUCGUCUGAGACUCCAUCUUCUUCUGAAGUUGCAUCUUCUUCUGAGAUUCCAUCUUCUUCUGAGAUUCCAUCAUCUGCUGAAGGUCCAUCAUCGUCUGAGAUUCCAUCAUCUGCUGAGAUUCCAUCAUCCCCUGAAGGUCCAUCUUCUUCUGAGAUUCCAUACUCUUCUGAGGGUCUGUCUUCUUCUGAGAUUCCAUCAUCCGCUGAAGUUGCAUCUUCUUCUGAGAUUCCAUCCCCAUCUGAAGUUCCAUCUUCAUCCAAAGGUCUGUCUUCUGAAGUUGUGUCCUCUUCACCAUUUGUAUCAACGACUACUUUAGCACCGGCCUCCACCAUUUCAUCGGUUCCAUCCUCUGCUGAAGGUCCAUCCUCUGCUGAAGGACCAUCUUCGUCUGAGAUUCCAUCCUCUUCUGAGAUUCCAUCCUCUUCUGAGAUUCCAUCAUCUGCUGAGAUUCCAUCAUCUGCUGAAGGUCCAUCUUCUUCUGAAGUUGUAUCUUCCUCUGAGAUUCCAUCUUCUUCUGAGAUUCCAUCAUCUGCUGAAGGUCCAUCAUCUGCUGAAGUUCCAUCUUCUUCUGAAGGUCCAUCUUCUUCUGAGAUUCCAUACUCUUCUGAAGUUCCGUUCUCUUCUGAGAUUCAAUCCUCAUCUGAAGUUGCAUCUUCUUCUGAUAUUCCAUACUCUUCUGAGGGUCUGUCUUCUUCUGAGAUUCCAUCUUCCUCCGAAGUUGCAUCUUCUUCUGAGAUUCCAUCAUCUGCUGAAGUUGUAUCUUCGUCUGAGAUUCCAUCUCCUUCUGAGGGUUUGUCUUCUUCUGAAGUUGCAUCCUCUUCUGAGAUUCCAUCAUCUGCUGAGAUUCCAUCAUCUGCUGAAGUUCCAUCCUCAUCUGAAAUUCCAUCUUCAUCCGAAGAUUCCACCACUUCGACUACUGCAGCAAGUAUCUUCACUACGACUGUUACUUAUCCUGAGUCAGCGGUCAAAGUCACUACUACUGUUCCUGGUCAUGAUGGAGAAACUGUUAUUACUACAGUAACCUACCCAGUUUCUACGGUCAUUGUUACUACAACCGCUUUUGGUCCGGCCACCACCGAUGAGACCACCACCGAUGUGACUACCACCGAUGAGACCACCACCGAUGAGACCACCACCGAUGUGACUACCACCGAUGAGACCACCACCGAUGUGACUACCAGAGGUGGCAAUGUUCAGACCGCCACAAUUACCUAUCCUCAAUCCAUUAGAACUGUCACAACCACUGUUACAGGAUCAGAUGGUGAAGCUGAUAAAACAGUGACCUCUGUACUUACUUAUCUGGAAUCCACUGUUGUUGUAACAACAACUGCUCCUGCUCCUGAAGUCACUGACAACAGCGCCGAGGGUACAGAGAUUUUGACUACUGUUACCUAUCCACAAUCAGUUGUCACUAUCAUUACAUCUGUUCCAGAUUCAGGUUCUGAUGAAGUUGAAACUAUUACGAUCACCUACCCGGGAUCUACAGCUAUCAUCACAAAGACCAUCCCAGUAGGUGAUGCUACUAGUGAGAUUCCUACAGGUGGUUCCGGUGAGAAUGUGACUCCAAGUGAGCAAGCCACGGUAACACAGACCACUUUAUUGACUUCUACAUAUGACGGUGGUUCUUCAUCCGAGACUGGCUCUGGUUCAGGUUCAGGUUCAGGCUCAUCCAGGACUUCAGAAGCUGGUUCAGGUUCAGGUUCAGGUUCAGGUUCAGGUUCAGGCUCAUCCAGUACUUCAGAAGCUGGUUCAGGUUCAGGCUCUACCUCAUCCACGACUUCAGAAGCUGGUUCAGGUUCAGGCUCUACCUCAUCCACGACUUCAGAAACUGGUUCAGGCUCAGGCUCAGGCUCAGGUUCAGGCUCUACCUCAUCCACGACUUCAGAAACUGGUUCAGGCUCAGGCUCAGGCUCAGGCUCAGGAUCAGGCUCUACCUCAUCCACGACUUCAGAAGCUGGUUCCUCUUCUACUGCUUCUGUUGAAGUCUCAGAAAACUCUGGUUCAAUUGUCCGCACAACUGCCUUCAGUACUGUGGUCAGUGUAAUUAUCACUUUGUUCCUCGUUUAAAUAUCUUCAUUGAACUUUCUCUCUGUGAUAUUGUCCUUUUCUAGCUCAUUUCAACUCAUGUGCUGUAUUUUUGUUUCUUAACCAGCUAGUGGACUUCUUACAAGUCAGCUAUUUCCUUGAAUAUUUUGUGAGCCAUUGAGCUGUUAAAUACCCUCAACUACUUUCUUAGUUGAUAAACUGUUUCAUCUUUCUUUUCUUCAGGUGAAAACUAUAACUCUUC